UAGCGGAGCACUAGAGUGGGUGACGAGUCGCUUCUCCGCGCAGUCUCGUAGUCUUGUGUACAACGCAUGAACUCUCUUUCUCAAGACUGUACGCAUCUGUGUUCGAGGAAAUUUUAAUCACGAGGACUGCCGUGCCGAUGGAAAAGUUUGUGUAGCAACAACACUGAAAGUUUGUGUCGGAGUGAAAUGGUGAGUGGCGCCGCCGAGCCCGCCAGGCUGGUGUGUGUGGCGUGACCUUUGGGAAGCAGCGGCCCGGGCUGCUCACUGGUGCGGCGGAACUGUGCUGCAGGCAUGAUCAGGGUAGAGCCCAGCUGAGGCAGGUUGUGCGCCCCGUGCCCACUCACUCUUACCUUGCCAUCCGCGCCUGCUUGCACACCCACCCACCCACCCACACACACACACACACACACACACACACACACACACACACACACACACACACACACACACACACACACACACACACACACACACUGGCAGCCAUGGAAAGCAAGCUAGAGGACUCGUGGGAAGAUGGCGAGGCCGUGCAUCCACCGCCGUUGGUGGUGGUGCUGGGAGCGGAUGAAGGGCCUUACUGGUGUCAGGGAACGCCGCCCCAGGUGAACGUCACCGUAUGGGGUACUCCCAGCGGACCCUCCACGGCCUCCUGCACCAACUCUCGUUCCCCGUCACUCAAUUCCUUCUGCUCUGACGUGUCUUGGGGUGACGGCGGCAACGACCUUGCCUCGCUUUUCAAGCCUCGCGUGAACCGGUCUCGUCACGCUUCCACCGAGCUGCUGUCAUGCAACCGAGGCUUGAUGGCGGCGGCCCCACAGCGGCUGUGUGCCUCCCACGACCAUCUUGACACCUGCAAGGGGAAAGGGCGGCAUCGCUCCCGCCAAGACAAGGCCGAGAUGGGCUCGAGGGAGCGGUCGUCCUCCAAUGUGGAGAAUGGCCAUCGGGACACCACUCCAGACUCCAGGGUCAAAAGAUUUUUGUCUAAGAUGCGGUCUUACUCCCACCAUGACCUGCUGCACGGGCGUGGGCGCAGUGGUUCCUGCACCGACGCGGUGAAGGCAGAGGAAUCGCUCGUGCCGGAGCCUGAAGACGUGCCUGAAGUGCCUGCCACUGCCAUCAACGCCCGCCUGGUGGGACGCUUCCGCAAAAAUGGCCCUGACUUGAAGAAGAGACGGUGGAGCGCCUGGGAGGACCGGAUGCUGCGGCUGUGGGGAUCCAAGACUCACGGGGAUGAAGGGCAUGUGGAAUCCAACACUGAUCCAGAGCCCGCCGACCCUCUCCCCGCACCGCCCCCCACCCCCGCCACCCUCGAUGUCCGAACCCCUGCCCAGGCACAGCCAGACAAGCGCCGCCUGGCCCGCAUGCGCUCCAACUCUGAGUCUGCCAUCAUCACACACGAGAAGAAGCGAAAGAGAGGAUUUCAUCCGAAAGAUUCACGUCUGCUGGACAUCCUGCUCGACUUUCACCACCGCAAAAAGCGCGGCAGUCUGCCAUCGCUCGUGGCUAACAAGCACCACGCCCACAGUGCCUCGCCCCUGCAGAAGGAAGAUCCGCCUAUGAUAAGGAAUGGCCGUGCCCUUUCAUGUCAUAAUCUCACGGAUUUCGCUGUGGAGGAUUACUUCGGGGAGAACUCUGGGUGUGUCUCUGAGGAUGAGUUGGAUGGUGACCGGUCUCGCCACGCCCUGCACCCACUGGACGCCCACGGACACUCCCGCCACAGCCGCUCGCGUUUCUCCAUAGACAACAUUUUGAACGUCCUGAGGGGGCGACGGCUGUCACACGACGUGGGGGCCGCAGGGCGUCACGUGACAGAUGCAGUGGUGCCUUGGCUGCGGGGCAAGAGCCGCAGCGUGGACCAUUCCAUUCACAACCCCUUCGAUCUCGAUGUGUUGCGGAAGAAGAUCGGGGAGCGGACUGCCUCGGAGCCGUCCAGAGACACCCGCUCGCCCUCCCCAGAGCCGGUGGAGGGCAGCAAGGAGAACAUCGCGCCGCCUGAAAAGAAGAUGGUAGCCAAGACCCAGCCGCCUGUACCCACCAUGACCUACACGGUAACUGCCAGUGACACCCUGACCAGCAUUGCAGCAAGGUUUGACACCACGCCUUCAGAACUCACGAAGUUGAACAAACUUUUGACACGCUUUGUGUACCCCGGCCAAGUGAUUGCUGUGCCAGACAAGGCAACAGUGACCUUGGAUGACAAGCCUGGCAUCCAAGACCCACCGGAUGAUACCGGUGGAGGCCAUGAUUCCCUGACACACAUCCGGCCCCCAAGCCCCAACCACCGUGUGGACCUGAGGAGCCCUGCCUCACCCCACACCUGUCCUCGUACACCUGCCAAUUCUAUGGAAACAGAGAAAUCACUUGAUAAAGAAUGUCUGGAAAAGUUCCUGAAGAUUAGUGUGCGGCACAUUACAGAUGGCCAGGGUGUGGUGGCUGGAGUUCUUCUAGUCACUCCCAAUGCUGUUAUGUUUGACCCCAAUGUGUCUGAUCCACUGGUGAUAGAACAUGGUCCCGAGAGUUAUGGAGUCAUUGCGCCCAUGGAGUUCGUGGUGAACGCAGCUCUGUACUAUGACAUUGCUCACAUGCGAGUCAAGGACACUAACCUCCCUAAGCCUGAAAUUCCCAAGCCAGAAAUCUACUGGGGGCCUGCAGGACAGGUGGAGAGAAUGGGGAGCCAAGAAUCUCCAGGAAAGGAUGCAUCUCUUAGUAAAGACACCACUUUUCCUGAGCUUGCUGCCUCCCAGGAUGAUAAUGACUCCUCUUGCUCCUGUGGUGGAGAUACCAGGGAGACUUCUGCCUUCCCCAAGGCCUUUGAGCAAGAAUUGCUCUCCCCCAUUGGGUCAGAUACAUCCCCAGCCAAUGGAGAGGGCCAGCCUCUGUCUGGCCAGCCAUCACCUGCCCAGCAGCCACCAGUGGUGGGGGACCUCACUCCCAUUGCAGAGGCCACCCAAGCCUCAGGCCCAAUCCUUGCUCAAACAGUGUGUGAUAACAAAGCUGCUCAGGACCUUGCUCAAAGUGAUACUCCUGCACCCAAUAUUUCUGAUGACCCACUUACCAAUGAAAAAAAGAGAACAACUUCAGUGACAUUUGAUCUAUCAGGGGAGGGAGAAGAAGCUUCACCAGAUACUACAAGUGAAAACAACCUGCAAGAAACACGUAAACAAAAGUGGGUGUCACAAAGCCGGGUGUGGCGUACAGUAUCAGGUACCAGUCCUCCCACCGCCCCCAUGGCUUCCGCCACACCCAGGCCUCUCAGUGCUCUUCGGUCAGGCCAGUCAGAGGUCCUGAAGCGGCUGUCCUACCCAUUGUCCUGGAUGGAAAGCUUUAGUACAGAGAAAGAAAAUAUGCCACAUCCAGCUGGUGUACAGCCCUCUUCUGCUCCCCCUGUAGGUCCUCACCCUCCUACUGAGGGGCCAGAGGGAGCCAAGCCAGGGGUCUUCUCCAAUGUGUUCAGUAUGUCCAACGUUUCCAGUAUGUUGUCCAGUUCGCCCAAAUAUCUGGUUGACUUCAGUAGUGGGCUUUUCGCUCGCUCCCCCUCUGACUCCUCAAGCUCAGUGCGAGAUGUAACAGAGCUGGGCACCCCCCCGGGAUCCCUCGAGGGGUACCGUGUUGCCCAAUCUGUAUUUUACCGCAAACAGAGCAGCUUGGGUAAUGACAAGGAGGAAAGAAAAGGCAUACCCAUAUUUCACCCAGGACGACCCUCAAUGGACUUGAUGCGAAGACCCACCAACCAGCAGCCUCUCUUGCCACAAACAGCCCCAAGUUCCAACAUCACUAACAACAGCAGUCAACCACCAGUUUCCAGUGCUGCCCUCAGCCAGCUACAGCCACAGCAGCAGCAACAGCAGCAGCAGCAACAACAACAACAACAACAGCAGCAGCAGCAGGCUCAGAAGAGAGCCCAAUAUAAAGAGGGACCAAAGUUUGGUCUGAAGAGCAUGGUCAGUAUGGACGACAUGCCAGAGCUCUUUGCCUCCUUUGACAUUCUAGGUCCCCACUUCUCAUCCCUACGUGAUCUGGGUUUAGGCAUCAAGGAGGACUCAUUGAAAGAACUGAUUCCAAAGCCUGCCACCUCCUGUGAGGAUCCCCCACUUUACCUCUGCCUCAGGAUGGGGAAACCAGCCAACAGAAUAAUACCCAAAUCUACUCCAGUCAUGUCUUAUGGCAAGAAGAGGAUGAGGCCUGAAUACUGGUUUAGCAUCCCCAAAAAUAGGUCGGAUGAGUUGUACAAUUUCUUCCAACUGUGGGCGCAUGAUAUAUACGGGGAGCUCAAUGAAGAGGAGGUUGCAUCCCGAGGCUUCAUCCUAGUGGAGGAGGAGACAGACCUGUGGACAGAACAGGAUCGUGAGAGAGCAGAAGCUGAGGACGGCAUUGGUGGGGAGCUGACUGAGAUGACCAAGGAGUCAUGGGAGAAACUAAAAGCCCCUUAUGUUAAGCUCUAUUCCUUGAUGAAGAGUCAGAUGACCAUCUCUACGGAAUCGGAAAACCCUGAGGUUGUUUCUAUGAGUGAGGAGCUGCGUCGUGCUCUUUAUUCCUCAUCUUCACUCACCAGUCUGGACUUGGAGGCCUUCUUGCCCGAGGUGGUUGGCACCUCGGAGAUUAUCACCGACAAUGUUAGGAAGAGCAUGUACAAGAAGUUACCAGCUCGAGCACAAGGGUAUGCUUGGAAGCUGGUUUUCAGCACCUCUCAGCAUGGCUUCAGUCUCAACUCCUUGUACCGCAAGAUGAAUGAUGUUGAUUCCCCAAUCAUGCUUUUCAUCCAGGACACAAAGCAAAAUACUUUUGGGGCAGUGGUGUCCUGUUCCUUGCAUGUGAGCGAGCUGUACUACGGCACUGGCGAGUCGUUCCUCUUCAGCUUCCAGCCAGAAUUCCAGGUCUUCUCAUGGACUGGCGAGAAUACAUUUUUUGUCAAGGGGAACAAUGAAUCCCUUAUUGUUGGUGGAGGAGAUGGUAACUUUGGCCUGUGGCUGGAUGGAGACCUCUACCAAGGGCGCACACAGCCUUGUAAGACCUUCAACAACCCACAGCUGACAGACUCUGAGGAUUUCAUUAUCAAAGCUGUUGAAUGUUGGUGCUUUGAGUGAGGAUUUAAGGCACUGACUGGUCUCUGAUAUGACACUUGUGCCCCCUCCAUGCCCUGAGUGGCAGCACACCCUGGGCUGGCCGCAUGGCGGAAGUCAUGCGACAGGAUUGUGAAGUUGAGGGAAGCAUUUCCUGUUGGAGUGUGUGGGGGACUUGCCAGCUGUUAAUUGCUUACUGAGGUAUGCCUUUCAGUAAUCUCGAUACACAUACAUAUAUUACAUUUUUCCACCUCAAAAGGAAAGGCUGUCUUGUACAUAUUCUUUAUUAUGUUUCAUGUAAUUUAUUCUCUUAUUUUGUUUUGUUUGAUUUUUUGAAAGUUUUAGUUACACAUGGAUUCCUAAGAGAUUUAAGAGUCUCUCUCUCUCUCUCUCUCUCUCUCUCUCUCUCUCUCUCUCUCUCUCUCUCUCUCUCUCUCUCUCUCUCUCCAAUGUCAUAGUGGGUAAAGGCUCAUAUUUGAUAUUAAAGAGUUAUUCUCUGUGUGAACCUUUAAUACAUUUUGUUCCUGAAGUAAUGUAUUAGUAAUCAAAUAGAGAAAUGUUUUCAGUUAGUUUUUACAUCACUGUUUUCUUUCAUCUUGUGGUGUAUUUGGGACCUGACUGGAAAUAGAAAGUAUUUUUAUCACGAAAUGCAUGGAUGUCAUUCCUGGAGCAUCCAUUGAGGUUACUGGGCACUGUUGUCUCAAUGUAUUAGUUGGAGGUGCAGCACUAGAAGCUAACAGAUAAGCCUUAGAUAGUGCUUUACCUGAGGCAAGUGUGAGGCCUCUUGUAGAAGUCCACUGAGUGCUUGGUGCCACCAGACUCUUUGAGUAGCCCAAGUAUCUGGAGCAAUAAUACAGCAGUUUGUAUAUGGCAUUGUAGUGUCACCAAGGUAAUUCCUUACAGUCUGUGAGGUGAUAGUUGGCUGAGGUUGUAAUGGGUCACGGGUUAAUGUUAUGUUGCUCAAGCACCAGGUGAUUCAGAGGAUCAAUGGAAGGAUUUAACAGAAAGAACAUAUCAGUAAGUGGAUGAGGCGGGUACUCAAUUGAUUACAUCAUAUUGUGUAAAUGCACUGACCAUUCUCCCAUCCUGAAUCAAGGUUUAGAGACCACUAGUGUUUGGACAUGAUUCUUUACGCUAGAAUUGUCAUCUACAUUUCAGAAUAGUGAUAAGAAUGUGAAUUCAUUGCUGAAGUCAAAGAUGGAACUACUAUCCAUUGUCACUUAACAAGUUCUACUGUAUAAUGCCACAUUCCCACGUGGUGUUUGAUAACACAAACAGAAAGUGAAAACAUAUAUCCAAUACACAAAAAUGGUGUUGUAUGUAGUAUGCAUUUUUCUUUGGAGUGGUGUUAAUAGAAAAAAUUAUCUAAGUACCUGGUUUACUUUAUGUUGAUGGAUUUUGUAGCUUGGCAUGUGGAAAUCAGGCCAUGAGGUAAUUAACCCAAAAGCCUUGGCAUGUUUCUGAAUGCUUUCUCUCAAAUAAUACAUGUAAUCGAGCUUGGUACCAGCUUAUUUUUCCAUCACAAAUCUGUGGGUUUGGUGAGGGUCAAGAACAGAAUGGUAGUAGUUUUGCGUAUCUUUAAUGCUGGAUCUCUCAUUAGUAAGCUUUAUAUAUAUAUAUAUAUAUAUAUAUAUAUAUAUAUAUAUAUAUAUAUAUAUAUAUAUAUAUAUAUAUAUAUAUAUAUAUAUAUAUAUCAUUAUCCUGCAGCUGAAAAUGUCUGCAUUGCUGAACACUAUGUCAUGCGGGGAAAUUAACAGACAAGGAGAAACUUUAUGCCAUAUAAAAGAUGAUAAAUGCCUUGCCAUUUUGUUGGUGUUAUUCAGUAAGUUUUGCUCAAUGGUUAACUGAAGGAAUUUGUAUGACUGAGUUUAGUAAUGAGCCACAUACCUUUGUUUUGGUGAUGUUUAUGUAAGCUUUGUGAUAGGUAGAGUGGCACUGAGAGAACAAGCUAAAGUAGAUUUCAGCAGUUAGCAGCAGCAGCAGCAAAUGCAAAAAUUUGAAAAAAAAAAAAAACAAAAAAACAUCAGUGCCCCAUUAUAUAUUAAUAUGCCCCUUUCCUAUAUGUUAAGAGUUCCAGUAAUACUUUGCUUCCAGUAUACUUAAAAAUGUAGAUAUCAAGGAUGUUGAAAAAUUGUAUGAGUGGAAUUAGUUUGCUAAAUCUAGUUAUUGUGGGUAUAGCAGCUGGCUUCCCUGCUCCACUGUUAGUCCAUCUGUAUGUGGCAGUAGUUGCUCCCUCAUCUGCCAGUAGCUCUUGGCUCAUUGCUUGUUAUUGGACCAUGCUGACCAAGCAGUGGUUAUGGUUCUUUUCAAGCAUUGGUGAACAGUCCUCUUUCCAUGGAGACAUCUGGUGUGUUACGUCAGCUGCAUUGCAACAAGAAAAGUUUAUUCUGCCUCAGACACUACUACCACUCUCCUCUUGGCUGGAGAGAUAGAGAUCCUUGAGCCUAUGUAGCAGCUGCUGGACACAGUGACUUAGGCUCAAAUGCUCCUCACUAUUUCUGUAAUGCAAGCUUAAAGUUUGAUAAGUAUUUCAAGUAUCCUGAUGUGUACAUCAUAUUAAUUUUUGUAUAUAUAUAUAUAUAUAUAUAUAUAUAUAUAUAUAUAUAUAUAUAUAUAUAUAUAUAUAUAUAUAUAUAUAUUUUGCAUUUUGCUUCCUGCUUAUGGAGAGAUCACCUCGGUGAGCCUCUAUGACUAUAUGUAAGGAAACCUUGGCAUACUGAGCCAGAUGAAGACUGUUAGCUAUUGAUAUACAAAAUAUAGAGUAAUAAAUGUUCUAUUUUGGUAGUUUCAUCGUUCUUGUGAAUAUAUACUGUAAUUAGUGAGUGUUGUGUUGUAUGUUGUAUGAUCAAGGGAAGGGUAAAAACAAAGGCAGGGCAAUGCUUCUGUAAGGAAACAGACACUAUAUUUGUAAAGUUCAUUCCUUCCAUAAAAACAUGCUGAAUAGAUGACUGUUCAGCCAAGCAGGUUUCAUGGGUGAUGGCAAGCCUUCAGAUAGGAUGAAAGGCUUGAUGGAGAGGUGCCAUACAUUGGCUUUAUGCAUUGGUUGCAAGAACCCUGAGCCAAAUGGAAUAUGGUCCUGUAUACAAGUGUGUUACGGAACUCUGCUUAUACUGUUGUGAUGUCAUUAAAACUAUAUUAGUUUUACUUGACAGAAUUGUUAUUUCUGAUUUCUUUUGUUGAAUUUUAGUAAUAUCAUAACUGGUUCAUUUAUUUUUAUACAUCAUAGAAGAUAUAAUGACAUUUCCCCCAUUUUACUAGGCAAGGAUUCUAUUCUAUCAUUCAAUAACUAUUCUGUUGUCUAGCAUACUUCAGUAACCCUGGUGUCUGUAAAGUAAUUUAGUGCUAAAAUGGCAAUAUUCAUGUAAAGUCUAUUAGGAAACUUUGUAUACCAAUGGACUUGCAUUAUGCUACUAAAACGAAAUAUCACAGUAGUCAUUGUAAUAUAUCAUCACACAAAGAGGCAAGAAUGCAAAUCCAGUGGGUAGAUGAAAGCUGUGAUGUCCCAUUCCUUGUAGCUGGAGUUAGUCUGGGACAUGUCAUGGAAACCUAGAAAGUAAUGGCAAGCUGAAUUCACUGGUAUAUUUAUGUGCAACUGUUGGAUGAGUCAGUGACAUGUAGUAUGACAUUAGAGAUGAGCUGCUCAGAUGGUCCAUGUAAAGUUUAUCUCAUCAUAAGACAAGGAGAACUGAAGGAAACUGUAGAGAAAGUGGAAUGAGAGUACAGUCUACCAGUGUGGGAAUUCACUGUCUUCCAGCUGCCCACAAGGAGACCUUAACUUUACACAGACACAGCUGCUGCAUGACUCAGUGAUACACUUAACUAUGUGGCUUGUGCUGUUACCUCAGGCGGAACUGUGCACUUUUGCUACUAUAGUCAACUCUAUGUGUCACUCCAGAUUGGUGUGGAUAUUUCUUUUAAUUUUUAUUUCACUUAAUACCUUCAGCAAUGAGAGAUGAUGCCUUGUCAAUUUUAGGACCUCUUGGUUACUAUUGAUAUUUUGAAGUAAGAUUGCACCAAAUGUGCUCAUUCAUGCAUAUAAAAGCAUGCACACACACACACACACACACACAUAUGUGAGUACUCACUCUUCUCUACAUGAUAAUUCUGUGGAAACUUGUAAACUGUUGUCUUAUGGCAGCCUAUUAUAGCUUCAUGAGAUAAGUAAGUGGUGUCUUGGCUUCCCAGUAGAUCACUUAUGGCUACCAGCUUUUGAUUGAUAUACAACUACUUUCCAAUAUGGGCAUCUUUUCCAUCAUCACAUUUACCACACCGGUAUAUAAGUGUGUGUGUGUGUGUGUGUGUGUGUGUGUGUGUGUGUGUGUGUGUGUGCAGUAUAUUUAUGCGAUAUAUUUAUAUAUAUAUAUAUAUAUAUAUAUAUAUAUAUAUAUAUAUAUAUAUAUAUAUAUAUAUAUAUAUAUAUAUAUACACACACACACACAGUAAAAUGUCUUUAGUUUAUCAUGUUGCUGUCUAAUCUUUACGCAGGCCCUAUGUUAUGACAAACAAUAAUUGACAACUAUUCCAUUUUUCAUUGGAGAAUUAGGAGGCAUCAGGGUAAUGUUUUUUUCUUUUAAGUAUAUGAUUUUCUUUCAGUGCAGUAUCAGUGAUGUGGUUGAAUAUAAUUGGUAGAAAUAUAUAUAUUUAUAUUAGCUUUUUACUUAUUUUCUUGUUCAGUUAUGCCUUUACUUUCCCCCUUGUUACUUGUAGCCAUGCAGCCUACCUCUGGUGUUUGCCCGGCUCAGUACCUGGGUCACCACUCAUUGUGUGAAACACAUGCACCUAUACAAACCAUCAUAGAAUAUCAGUCAUACCCUCAAAUUUUUGCAGAUCAAGCGCCCAUUUGUUACAUGGUGCAGUGGAACAAGAUACUGUGCACUUAACACAAGAUAACCAAAGGUGCUUCUAUGAAAAAGUGUGCUGAAUACAGUGUUUUUUCAUGUUUUAAGAUUCAAUAUCAAGUAUAAAUUGUUAUCGAUAUAUCAUUUGAUGAAAUCCAUUUUUAGUCACUUUUUGGUCCUAAUUAUUCUGAACUAAAGACAUUUCACUGUAUAUAUGUGCACUGCUUUAUGCAAUCACCUAAAGAAAAUUUUUAGCUUCUGCCAUUUGUGUAUAUCAAAAUUACUGUUAUUAUAGACAAUGUGUUCAUGGAAAUAUAGCUUUCAAAGCAUAAAAGGUAUCCUCCAAUGCAUUCAUUACAUAACCAUAGAAUAGCCAGCAAGUAAAAGUAUAAUAUGAAUGUAGCUAUAUAUGUAUACAUUUGUAAAUAGAGAGUUACUGUGUGUAUAUCAAUGUUUGUAUAAAUAUAGAUAAUACACUUUA